AUAUCCAACCCACUUUUUCAACUCUCCGUGCUUUUCUUCCCCUCCCCAACUCCACGCCACCUCUCCCUACCCACCGCCCACAACUCGUCCUUCAAUCCCAAAUUCUCAUCUCUCUCUCUCUCUCUCAGAUACACACACAUAUAUACGAAAUUCCCGUGGGUGAUCCUUCCCCAGUUAGACAAGUGGCUCUGAUUCACAGCACAUGGGCUAUUAUCUUCAAUUUUUUCAAUCUAUAAAUGGUAGCAACAGUUGAAUAGAUCCAACAACCUGAAUACUUGCGAGAGAGAUGGCGGAAUUGUUCAUUAAGCAGGCGGGGCAUUACGCGGAGGGUCGGCCUAGCUACCCUCCAGAAUUGUUUGAAUUCAUUGCUUCCAAGACACCCUCUCAAGACCUUGCGUGGGACGUCGGCACCGGAAGCGGUCAGGCUGCUCGAUCUCUAGCUGGGAUAUACAAGAAUGUGAUAGCCACAGAUACAAGCCCAAAGCAGCUCUCAUUCGCGCCGAGGCUACCCAAUAUAAGGUACCAACAAACCCCUCCCACCAUGUCUAUAGCCGAGCUUGAAAGCAACGUUGCUCCUGAAUCAAGCGUGGAUGUUGUGACGAUUGCUCAGGCCCUCCACUGGUUCGACCUCCCUAAUUUCUACCAACAAGUGAAAUGGGUACUCAAAAAACCCCAUGGUGUCAUAGCUCCAUGGUGCUACACCAUGCCAGAAGUUAAUCACUCGGUCGACUCAGUCUUCCAACCCUUUUAUAAUACUGCUGUAGAAACCUAUUGGGAGCCAGCACGUAAAUUAAUGUUCGACAAGUAUAGGAGCAUCCAUUUUCCAUUUGAGCCAGUGGAUGGAGUUGAUCAUACUGGGCCAUUUCAGUUUGUAAAUGAAAAAUUGAUGGAUUUAGAUCAUUAUUUUUCUUACAUAAGAUCGCUGUCAGCAUGUCAAACAGCGAGAGAGAAGGGUGUGGAGCUUUUGAGCGAUGAUGUGAUUGAGGAAUUUAAGCGUGCUUGGACUGAAGAUGGACAAGACCAGAAGGUUGUAAAGUUUCCAAUUUAUUUAAGGAUUGGAAGAGUGGGGAAUAUGUAAAACCAAAAGACUAGCUUAGAGCAAUUGUGGCUCAUUUAUAGGGAAUUGAACUAAAUCAUUUUGUUCCAAGGGAAUGAUAGAGUCCAUUCCAUUUCCCUUUCCAAUAACAUUAUAACAUGCCAAUUGUGUUUAUCACAUUGCCAUUUUAUAUAAUGGAAUUCUGCUGUUGAAUGC